AAUGGUUUAUCACAAUCCACAUGAUCACAUGUCACGCCAACAGCUCAAGAUCAAAGGCGCCAUUCGGCCAUAGAAUUCAAUUUUUCACAGCAGUUGCUGCAUCUUGAUAAUUUUAAGUGGUGUGUUUUUUAACUGCAUAAAUUAUCAUGGAAAACGAUUUUCUUGUGGUGGUCGGCUCUUGCAAUGUGGAUCUUACUUGUUACGUGCAAAGGAUGCCGUGUGUAGGUGAAACCAUGUAUGGUGAUUCCUUUUAUCAAAGGUAUGGUGGAAAAGGAGCUAAUCAGGCAGUCGCAGCAAAAAAGCUUGGAGCCGCUGUGUGCAUGGUUGCUAAGGUUGGAGACGAUGGUUAUGGACACUCUUAUGUGCAACUACUUGAACAAAUGGCAAUAAAUACAAGCGAAAUUCAGAGGGUGCCAUCUGUUCAUACUGGUAUAGCUCAGAUUCUUGUCAGUGAAAAUGGUGCCAAUCAUAUUGUCAUUGUACCUGGAGCGAAUAAAUGUUUGCGCGGUGAUGAUCUAUUGAGUAAAAGUAUUAGACAGAAGCUCGCUACAGCCAAAGUUGGAUUAUUCCAAUUUGAAAUUGAUGCUGAAACUACACAGAAAGCUAUGGAAUUGAUGAAAACUAGCGGAAAAGGAACAGUUAUACUUAAUUGUGCUCCAGCUAUCAAGGGUGAUAAAAAUAUUCACUCUCUCGCUGAUAUUCUGAUACUCAAUGAAAUCGAGGUUUUUGGAACAGUAGGAGUCGAUGUAAGCAGCCUCGAUGAUGUGGAGCCAGCAAUGCAGAAGCUUUUGGAGCUGGGGAGCAACGUGGUCAUCAUCACUCUCGGCAGUAAAGGAGCCGUGUUUGCCAGCAGAGACGAUUCAAAAGUCACUCAUGUUGCUGUCACUCCGGUCGAUGAGCCCGUCGAUACAACUGGCGCAGGCGAUGCUUUUUGUGGCGCGAUAGCAUACGCGUUCAUAAAGUGCCAGCAUCUUUCUUUGCAUCAGAAAAUAUCAUUCGCUUGCAAAGCAGCUCGUCACUCUGUAUUCAGUCAAGGUACUCAUCACAGCUUUCCAACAGAGGAUGAUAUGAUCGAAUAUUUAGACUAAAAUAGUUAUAAUGAAGAGGUCCAGUUGAAACAAUGCCAAGCCACAUUCAAAAAAUAUAUAUUUAUAAUACUUAUAAUAUACAGGAAACACAGCACAGAUAAAUUCAAAAACACUUAGAAACUCCCUUCUCUGGUUUGGUGUUGAAGAUGUUGAAAAACUUCCUCGAAUUUAAGUGUUGCGUGCCCCUAAAAAGUGAAAAGCUUUAGCAUGUUUGUCUGAUAGCUCUUGAAAUUAUUAACAUUUAAAAAUUAUCAAUUUAUAAUUAGGUCGUUUCUACUGGUUCAGUGUAAUUUGAUUUUCUCAAAUUCGAGAGAGUUUGUAUCGAUACGUCAGUAGCAAUUUUAAUUGUGUUGAACUCGAGUUUUGAGGUUUUGGAUUGAAUUGAGAAAUUUUUAUGCUGAUUGUUUUGACGGAAUUAAUUUGGAGAAGUUGUUUGUUUGACCAUUUUGGGAGUUGUGAAAUUUGAAUUGGUUUUUGUGAGAUUUUUCAUGAGUCUGAUAACUUAUAUGUAGUGCAUUUUUGAAACAGCAGUUGGAAAAUUCAAAUGUUUUAGAACAGUAUUGCUAUCACUUAUGAUAGCAUGUCUUGCGUCUUGUCGGUUUCCCCCUCUUAGUGUUUGAAGAUGUGCACCUAUGAGCUGGUAUGGAAAACCUAUCUUAUUUUAUCUUCUGUCAAUUGUAGCUGUUUUUCCCCCACAGGAGUGUGAAAUAGACAUCCAAGAAACCUUUUUUACUAAAGGUUAUAACUAUUAUUUUUUGACAAUCUACUCAAAAUACAUCUGUACCGUAUUCAUAAUAUUGAUAAAAGAAUUUUUGGAAUCAUAUCACUAGAAACUAUUAUUUGGCAUGAUUAGCCGCCGGCCAAAAAGUGAAUGAAAGAAAAAGUGGAGUGAGAUAUUUUCAAGGUUAUCACUAAUGUAUUGUUAGAGGGAACAGUAGAGUAGCCUACUAUGGUUUUUAUAAUAAAAUAGAAUAAAGUUUAUUUUGUACGUAUACAUAUUAAACAAUUGGAAACGUCAAGAUCCAAACCAAUAAACGUGUCAAUUCCCUUUAAUUCUAUGCACUUUAAUACACAUGUCAAUAGCAGACAUAAAUAUAUAUUUAGAAAUAAUUGUUAAAUAUUCCCUUAUCCAAAUUAAAAUAAUCAGCUAGUGAAUAAAGAGCUUCUGUUAGAAGCUUUUUCAAUCUAUUCUUGAACGCAUUUAUUGUAAUUUCUGUCACAUUGAAGGGUACCUUGUUGAAUAUUUAAAAAAAAAAAAAUUUUGAACUUGUCUGAACUCUCCUAGGUCUGGUAUAGGGUACAUCAAUGUGUUCCUUAUUUCUUGUAUUAUAAUGGCGAAUAUUUUCCCUACAUAUAAACAAAUUUUAUCUAUUUAAAUUUACAGGUAACUUAAAAACAAACAAGCUAUGAACAGUCAUAAGUUUGUAUUGAUAAACAAUGGCAUGCAGUGUUCUAAGAAGUCAACAUCGGAAAUUGUUCUUGAUGCCUUCUUUAGAGAGAGAUCAUACGGAAAAGUACUGGGAAAGAAAGCAAAGUAUGUCAUUCCAAGAUAAUCUUUUGGAACACAUUCCUUCAAUCUAUGUAGAGAUACAAAACUCGGCUCAGUCUAAAACAUUCAUAAUCAAUAUGAGAGUUACAUGUUGGUCUUUUAUCAAGGUGUCUAUACAUUCUGCACAUUCACCUCAUGUAUUUUUCUCAAGUCUAGGAUCGUUUUUUUGUGUCUUUCCACUAUUGAGAAGCAAGUUAUUUUCCCUGAACCAUAGGACCACUUGUUUGUUCUUGACAAGUAGACAUCUUUUCUUUUAGAGUUGUAAUGUAAGAAUCUGUCGAGAGCAUGGAUGUGUCGUCUGCAUAGCAUUUUUAACAUGCUUUUAUAAUGAUUGUAUUAAGUGCUGUGUUCAAGAAUGAUUACAAUUUGGUCAUUUGUGGUGAUUUUAAUGUAAAUUUCAUAGAUCACGAUUAUUAAAAAAAAGAUUUAUUGACUUUGUAUGAUUUGAAUUAAGUGUUAAUAAAAUUAAGGAUAUUACUAGACCUGGUCUUGAUGGUGUUUCAAACGGUUCGUGUAUUGAUAACAUUUAAACUGAUAUUCAUAAUAGUCUAUGGUCAUGUGAGAUCAUUCACACUAUUUUUUUCUGAUCAUGAAGGAAUUCUAUCGAGUCUCAAUUUUAUGAACAAGAAUGUUGUAAAUACUGUAAAUGAAAACAAGUUUAGAUUAAGCAAUUAUGAUUAUGUACGAAUUUUUAUUAGUUACCUAAAUAAAUAAAUUGGUUAAAUUAGUUAAAUAAAUUCAGAUGAAAUCAGAUGAAAAUAAUUAUUUUUCAUAAAACAUUCUUGUAAUAAAUAAUGAUAAAUUAUCAUGGCAAGAGUUGAAUUUUCUUAUGUUAGCGACCUAACUAACCGAGUGA